AACACCGAAACACUGGACCAGUUUGCCAGCAUUCCAGACAGCGUCAUCAGUCUCUAGCCCAGCCACCCUACGGUAGGUACACCAGCUCAGAACAAGCACACAUCUCUCCAUCAUGGCUGCCACCUGGACCCUGGAGGACGACAUGUCCUGCCCUGUGUGCUGCGAUGUUUUCACUGACCCUGUGGUGCUGGGCUGCAGCCACAGCUUCUGCAGGAGCUGCCUGGACAACUACUGGGACACUCAGGUCAUCAAAAAGUGCCCCGUCUGCCGCAAACAUUCCCUAACCGACGCUCCACCCAGUAACCUGGCUCUGAGGAACAUCGUGGAGACCUUUGCGAGGGAGAGGAGCCACAAUAACACCAAGCAGGUUGAGACGAGAGAGGGGGAGAAGGAGAGCCAGGGAAGGAGGGAGUCAGGAGGGAGGAGUGGGUUGGUACCGGAUGGGGAUGAAAGGUGCAGUCUCCAUGGGAAGAGGUUGUUGUUGUUCUGUGUGGAGGACCAGGAGGCUCUGUGUGCGGUGUGUCAGACCUCCAGGAGACACAGGAGCCAUCAGCUCUGCCCUGUGGAUGAGGCUGCUCAGGAACUCAAGGAGGAAGUGAAAGCAUCUAUUAUCCCUCUGAAGAGGAAGUUGGAGACAUUCCAAAAGUUGAAGGAGGAUUGCAUGAAAACAGCAGAACACAUCAAGAGCCAGGCCAAGCAAGCAGAAAGGAAGAUAAGAGAUGAGUUUGUGGCGCUGCAUCAACUCCUGCGCCUGGAGGAAGUUGUCCGGCUGUCUGCCCUCUCUGAGGAGGUGGACAUGAAGACAGUUAUAAUGGCAGAGAAGAUUGAACACCUGGCCAAGAAGAUGACCUCCUUGACCAGCAACAUCAGAGAGAUAGAACAGGAUAUAGAGGCAAACGACCUUCCAUUUCUCCAGGCUUACAAGAACAACAAAGCAAGGGCCAACUGUAUAUUGCAGGAUCCAGAGCCUGUAUCAGGGGCAUUGAUCGAUAUGGCCCAACAUCUGGGCAACCUAAGGUUCAAGAUCUGGGAGAAGAUGCAGGAGAAGGUGCAAUACACCCCAGUGACUCUGGACCCCAACACCGCGGCCCCCUGGCUAUCUCUCUCAGACGACCUGACCAGUGUGUGCGUCAGUGGAGAGAAGCCUCACGUCCCCAACAACCCAGAGCGCUGUGACACGUGUGUUUGCGUGCUGGGGGCCGACCCCUUCAGUUCCGGCAGUCACUGUUGGGAGGUGGAGGUGGCGGGUAAGACCAGAUGGGACCUGGGGGUCCUGAGAGAGAGUGUGCGUAGGAAAGGGGUCCUGAGUGUGAACCCUGCCCACGGGUUCUGGGCCCUGUCGCUGAGGGACGGCGGCCAGUACAGCGCCUGCACCAUGCCCUGGACCCGUCUCACUCUGAAGAGGAGGCCCAGGAGGGUCAGAGUGUGUCUGGACUAUGAUGCGGGAGAGGUGACUUUCUAUGACCCCACUGACAUGUCACUCAUCUAUACAUUCAGGGACAAGUUUAAAGAGCCAUUGUUGCCCUACCUCUGUCCCUGUGUGAGUGACAGCGGCCGCAAUGCUGAGCCACUAAAGAUAUGCCCUGCCAAAGUCUCAUUGGUUCAUGAUGUUGGUGAUAAAGUUUGGUAGAUUACAAUAUGUAUUUUUUUUAGAGGAGACAUUUCUAAAGCAUCCAUAUGUCUCACUAUCUAUUAUUAACACAAUGGAUGUAUAUUUUAUAUAUUGAUGUAUAUUUUAUAUAUUGAUGUAUAUUUUAUAUAUGGAUGUAUAUGUGAACGGAACAAUUCUUGUCCUAUAUAAUAUCAUAAGUCAUAUUUUCUUGGUGUGUGUCAAAUGGCAAGAUAAACAAAAAAGGUGAUGAUUACUCAGCAUUUGAGUUAAUAUUCUGUAAGACUUGUUCUAAAUGCUUAUGAAUGAUCAUGCUUAUAAAUGUGUAUAAAUACAACAAUUAAAUACUUUCAUGUUCAUGAA